AUGCAUAAUGGGUUAUGUAAACCAUCUCCGAAUAAUUACAGUUGCGUCUGCCUAUCAGGUUACAGCGGUCCAAAUUGUCAAGUUGACAUUGACCAGUGCAGAUCGGCUCCAUGUUUGAACGGUGGAACAUGUUCCAGUGCCCCCAAUACUUAUACUUGUUCUUGCGCCGUUGGAUGGAAAGGGCCCAAUUGUCAGCACGAGGCGUGCACCAAAAACACGUGCAAGCAUGCGUCGACGUGCAGGGAUACAUCGUCCGGGGUAACCUGCACGUGUAGCCCAGGUUGGACGGGCCAGUACUGCGACAUAAAUAUCAAUGAAUGCAGUUCUUUGCCUUGCUUGAAUGGUGGGUUGUGUUUUGAUCAGGCAAAUGAUUAUUUCUGUUUAUGCGGCCAAAGGUUCACGGGGAAGAAUUGUCAAACACAGAUUACGACGACAACAGUUCCAACCACCACCACCACUGCACUACCAGACCCGUGCACCCCAAACCCUUGUCCAUUACUAAAGGGAUCACCGAUCACUUGUAAAAUAAAGCCUCGUGGCAAACACGAGUGUAUCAAACCACAAGAUUACUGUUUGAGGAACAACACUCUUUACAAGCAAGGAAAACGGUGGAAAGAGGGCUGUGAGAGAAAAUGUUUGUGCGCGAAGGCGAUAGUGAACUUUGUUCAUUGUGAGGCAAUGUGCUUUGACUGGCUGAAAGUUGGCGUUCCCAAUGGCUGUCGCCUGGACCCGCCCAAGCCCGGGAAAUGCUGUUCUGAAUUGAACUGCUCGGGUUUCACCCCUCCGCCAUAG